AUGGCACGGAUGCUGGGACGAUCGAAAUCCUUCCGACACAUCAAAAAGGACAUAUCACAGCCACUCCUGAUUGCAUCCGAUGCAGUAUCCCGAGACGAUUUGAUAGAUGUCCGUAGAGACCUUGCCCCACCUCGAACUCCCUCUCCACUACGGCCGAAAACGUCAAAUGGAAUCACCAGAAGCAAUACGACGGCCUUGUCGGGGUUGAAACCGCCUCCACAUUCUCAGAGUAGACCCCUGAAAAUCAAGACGGAGAGUCGAGUUUACGAUUUCCCGACGCCUGGGACAGGAACCGCCGUUUAUAAUGUCCCACCACCAAAUAUGAUCGACCUGACUCCCGAGAUCGAGCCCCAUCCAGGUCGCAAAGUACCGAUUGGUGUUGCGCUGGGCAGUCCAACAGAUGCUCCGGAUUGGAGAAGCGGGAUGAAAGAGAAUGGUAAUCUGGGUAUAAACAGGUUGGACCGUCCCCGUUCAAUAUCAGCCCCAUCGCCGUCGCGGGAGUACUUUCCUCAGGAUGCAUAUAACUUCCAAGCGCCAGGAGCGCAUGGCAGUUACUCGACAGCUGGCACUCACGACGACGAGCCGGCAAUUGGCCACGGCAUCAAGACAGUCAUUGAGGCGGACCAACCGAAGCCAAAGUUGAGUCGGUGGAAGAGUAUAGGAGGGCUAUUUGCGAAAAGGCCCAACCAUACGCCUAACCAUACGCCGCGCACAAUGUACAUGUUGGAUGAACCAGUGGCUCCAUCUAAGAAGAGAGCAGUGAAUACCCAGAUGCCUGGUAAAGGUUUACCGAACGAUUCUUUACGAAAGCCAACCGAAACGAUGACGCCCAAAGAGCCAAAGUCGCCAUGGCGGAGCCGGUCAGUCAAGAGAGGCAAGCCGGGUCCAGCACGGAAUCAGACCCACCCGACUCCUACCGACAUGUCUUUUUUGACGCAGCCCGCUGGAGUUGAUGGCCGGCUCCUAGACGUCUCUAUUCCGAAGUGUGAGAUGGAACGGUACAGUGUCAUGUUUAACCAUGUCUUGGGCAAGCCAGCGGCAAACGAAACGGAGCCUCCCCUUCCUGCAAGCAGUUCACUUUUGGCAAGACGGAACCAGGCCAAUGUGGAACAGCUGAAGCCCGCCAGCGGUGGAGAGUUGGAGCCCAUCAAUAUUUCGCCCAGCGCAGUACGCCCACGCCGUGCUGCCACUUCCCCGUCAUCCCAGCCACAAGGCUACACAUUGUUCCCUACGACUCCGGGGGACAAAAUAAGAGGACCGUCUGGGUUACAGCGCUCAGCUACUACGCCAGCGCCCAGGCCUUCGAAACACCAGGAGAGCGAGAUUACAGAAACCCCGAUUACCAAAUCUAAAGCUCAACCUCGCUCGAAGGUACCUCCACCUAGAUUUCCUAUGGAUGUCCCGGCCAAAGCGUCGCCUCCCACUCCGCAGUUCGCUUUUGAUCCUGCAGAAGACAUUCUUUGGACACCGCCGGACAGUUUCCUCUCAUCGUCAAGACUAGCUACAUCCGGUGGCCCACCAGUACCUAGCAGUCCUGCCACUGGCUCGACAUAUACAGAUGCUGAGACAGAGUAUGAAUACGAAUAUGUGUUCGAAGGACCAGGUGCUACCGCCGGAGAUGCCGAGACAUCAAAGGGCGCCAUGGACCACACAACGAAACAAUGGAAAGACAAAAUCGAAGAAGAGGAGCCACAGUGGGAAAUGAUGACGACGCUAGGGAAGGAUAUCGCGGUUAGGAAGCCGGACCGCAACGCGCAGAUAGUCCCCGUGGUCCCAACACUCCCUGAAGCCGAGACGCACACCGAGACAAUCAUGGAAGAGGACAGAUCGAGCUCGAUGUCCAGUCCCACCGAAGCGGAUAUUUUUCAGGCUCUUUCCACAGCUGCAUUGCCCUCGCCGCCACCUUUAGCGGCCCCUGCGCCGCUUAACAUUGUCAAUAAGACCGUGCCGAUCUCGCCAAUACACACGAGAGCGCCACCAUCUCCUCAGGAACUUCCUACAUCUCGAUAUAUGGACUCGAUGCGAAUAUCAAAGGCCCCGUCGCCUCCUCCUGAGGCCGACACGAUGUAUCGCGCACCUCAACCGCCGCCUACGCGUCUCCCUCCAUCUCCUCCACAGGAGACAUAUCCUCCUGCACCGGCUGUGCUAGCAUCUUCCGAGAACCCAGCUGAGGCUGCGAAUAUGAAAUCGGCACCACAGGAUGCACAUGAAGAUUCUCAAACUCGCCCCAACAUGCUUCCGGUCCCUCGCGUCAUCCGCACUCUUGCCACUGGCACGAUGACAGCAUCCCCCUCCGGCACUGCACCAAGCGAAAAAUCGAAAAAACAGUAUGAGCGGGUCAAGAGCAUUGUUUUGCCGCUGCAAGGAACCUCCAGGAUGUACACCCAUGCCACACAAUCUCAAGCGCUCAGCUCCAACCCACUAACUACGGAGUCGGUUCAGGCGAGGACCAUUCGAGUCGUCUCUCCAGGCUCGCAGCGAAAGGGUUCGGAUGGUUUCGUUCAGCCCUCGCUCACUCAGGACGCCACUAGCAAACCAACCAUUCAUCCUCCAAGGACCAGCAGUCGAAUGGCAAAGCCUCUGUCGAUGAUAAAUAAAUAUAUGCAGGACACGCACGAGGAUGCCAUCUUUGAAUCCGACCACGAGCAAUCCGCCGACGCCGCGUCCAACGCCUCCUCCGACGAAUCCGAAGAUUUCAUCCUCCCCUUACAAGCCCCCGAACCUGCCCCUGCCACCGUCGGAAUUGCUCGUCAGCUAAGCCUUACCCGGGCUCGGAGCACGUCAAGGCGGUAUGGGCCAGGCGCACGUUCAAACGCUGCCGGGAACCACGCGAAGAACAAUGCGUCUAAUACACAGGCGGCAGCAAAUCCGGCGAAGAUGGUUGCGGGACCGGGGAUCGUGAGUGUGCAGAUGCGGCAGAUUAAGAGGCGGGAUCCGGCGAAGGAGAAACCAGAGGAGAGGAGGGGGGAGCAUGUGGCGUUGACGCCGACGUUGGUGGAUGUGUCAGCGGCGAGGAAGAGCGUCAGAGGAGUUGUAGAAGGAGUAAGUUAG